UCUAUCUUUUCUACAUAUAGAAGUCUCCGCCCAUCUCUCUCUCUCUCUCUCUCUCUCGUGUCUAUCUGCCAUGGCCGACGUUGAAAGCAGCGGAGAUGCACCAGGGUUCAAGCUUUUCGGCACAACAAUCCCUCUGCGGGUGAGAAAAGCUGAGGUGGAGGAGUCAAAGGCGGAUGACACAAGUGAAAAGAAGCCGGAGAAGACCAUUGCUUGCCCCAGGUGCAAAAGCAUGGAGACCAAGUUCUGUUAUUUCAACAACUACAACGUCAACCAACCUCGGCAUUUCUGUAAGGCAUGCCAGAGGUACUGGACGGCCGGAGGAACACUUAGGAACGUACCGAUCGGAGCUGGACGAAGGAAAAACAAGCCAUCAGAUCACGGGACAAUUGGGUUCUCGGACAACUGUGUGUUGGAUGCUUCUGCAGUGAACCAAUUUGAUUUGGAGAGUGUGAUGGAGCAGUGGACCAUGGCCACCACCAAAGGUGGUUUCCGGCAUGUCCUCCCAUCCAGCAAGAGACGGAGAAACACCUCAUCUAGCUAGUCAAACAUUAUCACUUUUUGUCUUGUUACUCCAAUGGAAAAUGAAGAAUUUCUUUUGAAAGAAAAAAAAAAAAAAAAAAAGCGAAAGCCAGUUGGGUUUAAGAAGGUAAGAAACUGUAUAUACAGGCUGGUUUGAACUAAUUAAUCAUGUCGACCAAUGUAUUUACCCUUAAAAUGGGUCUCAGAAUCAAUCAUAUUCUGAUCAAUUCUGAACGACGCAACUCA